AUGGCGUCGCGGUGGCCUCCUGGAGAAUGUAAACAAAAUGCAAGAAAAUUUUCUUGUCAUUUACACGCACAAAAGCUUUUACUGGCUCUGAAUGACAACAGACACAAUGCACAUCUAUGUGAUGCAAUUGUUGUUAUCGGUGAAGAAAAAAAACACGUUCAAAAGAAUGUAUUGUCGGCUGCCAGUCACUACUUCAGAGCACUGUUCAACUAUGGUGAGGCAACAGAGACAGAAAAUGGCAAAACUGUGAUCAACCUGGGAUCUGUCAGUAUAACCAUGGUGACCUUCACCUUGAUCCUGGACUUCCUGUACACUGCUGAGAUCAACCUAUGCCCUGACACCAUCCAAGAUGUCCUACAAGCAGCGGACCUGUUCCUUCUGAAUGACCUCAAGGUGUUGUGCUGUGACUACCUGGACACCUGCAUCACGCCCACCAACUGUAUCGGCAUCAGGGAGUUCUCUUCCCAAUACACCUGCAGCUGGCUCCUCCACAAAGUAACCCGUUACCUGGAUGAACACUUCAGGGAGGUAAGUUUCUGUGAUGAGUUCCUCAGCCUCUCGGCCGAGGCUGUCACAGAACUACUCAAUAGGGACACACUUGUCAUCAACUCAGAGGAUGACAUCCUUGAUGCUAUCAUCCGGUGGUUUCGCUUCGAUGUCCAAGGUCAUCAGGCAGAGAUAACUGAUGCAGUGACAAGAUGUGUACGUGCUGCCCAGAUAUCGGAGAGUUUCCUUGAGGCAUUUGAAGAUCCCAGUCCAGAUCUUAAUCGCUUAUGCUUGCCAAAACUGAUCACGGAUCUUCGACAGACAGCAACGGAACUGCGUCCGAGGGGAUUCAGCUGUGUUCUCCUAGCUUGUGGGGGAGAAGGAAAUGUGUCCGAUCAUAGUGAUGACUCUGAAGUCAAAGCAACUGUCAACUGCGUGAAAAUCUACAAUCAAGGCACUUCUACCAUUGGCCAGUGGAUCUCACUGCCCAACAUGAACAGCCCUCGUACCGGACACGGAAUGGUUGAAGUUGGUGGGUCCAUAUAUGUAUUUGGAGGACGAGAUCGUCACUGUCAGAUCUUGAACACUGGUGAGAAAUAUGACCCCAACACUAACACAUGGACUGUUUGUGCACCUAUGGCACAUGCACGUGUUGGCUUCGGGCUGGUGGCCGUCGAUGACAACAUCUACGCUAUUGGUGGCAGCAAUGACAUGACAGAUCCCUUGACCUUCGUGGAAACCUACAACGUAUUCUCCAACAAGUGGCAGUCCCUUCCUGACAUGACAAUGAAAAGAGUGUGGUCAGCAUACGCCGCUGUGGGGAAGAAGAUCUAUGUUAUUGCAGGUGGCACAGUUGGCAAGUUUUAUGAAGCUGUGGAAUGUUUUGACACUAGAACUGAGACUUGGGUGUCUGUCUGCCCCAUGCGGGAGAGACGAUGCGACGCGAGAGCCGUAACAGUUGAUGAGGACAUUUACGUUUUUGGUGGAUUUCGUCGAUUUGAAUGUCCAAGCGCAAUGCAUUCUGGUCACAGCUUGAAAUUCUGCGGCACAGAAAUAUACUCCACAUGUAACGAUCACUGGCUUCCAAUGUGUAAUAAAGGUGGAGUUCCAGGGAUGUGCACAAUGACGGAUGCAUCGCAUAUAGAGGGUGCAGUCUACAAUGGGGAAGACGUGCUGGUGGUUGGUGACCUUGACAUUGGCAAUGCAUUUCACUGUGUACGAGCUUACAACAAGAUUACAAACUCAUGGCGCUGUGUGGUCCAGAAUAAGCCCAAGAACCAGAGGUUCUACCAAGUUUGUCUUCUCCAUAUGCCCAAUGCUGUUCUGCGGAAGCUCCUUUGGGACCAGGAAAAGAUGGUCUAUUCUGACCUGAAAUGAUGAAGAUUUAGGAUAGUUGUACAAAGUUCCAUGACCCAAAAAAACAAUGUCUCUCCCUCAAGACUGAGAUGUGUGUGUGGGCGGUUGGUUCUGAUUUUACCAUGUAGAAGGAAUUUUGUUAUGGAUUUUACUUCAGCUACCUGAAUGAUGAUGACAACAAGUCACAUUCUCUUACCCAAGAUUUUAUGCUUGCACCAAAGUCACUACUGCUGCAGGUUAGUGUUAUCGAUCAGGAUCCUAUUGAGUGUUUGGUAUGUCAUCUUCCUGUAGUAGUGUCAGCUCAGGUGGUGUUGACCAGUGUGUUGACCAGUGAGUUGACCGGUGUGUUGACCAGUGAGUUGACCGGUGUGUUGACCAGUGUGUUGACCAGUGUGUUGACCAGUGUGUUGACCAGUGAGUUGACCGGUGUGUUGACCAGUGAGUUGACCGGUGUGUUGACCAGUGAGUUGACCGGUGUGUUGACCAGUGUGUUGACCAGUGUGUUGACCAGUGUGUUGACCAGUGAGUUGACCGGUGUGUUGACCAGUGAGUUGACCGGUGUGUUGACCAGUGUGUUGACCAGUGAGUUGACCAGUGUGUUGACCAGUGUGUUGACCAGUGAGUUGACCAGUGUGUUGACCAGUGAGUUGACCGGUGUGUUGACCAGUGAGUUGACCGGUGUGUUGACCAGUGUGUUGACCAGUGAGCUGACCG